AUGCCUCGGGUGAAGAGAGCCGCUGCUGGAGACCACGGCGCGCCUAAAAGACAUAAAGGUCAGUCGGCUGAAGAUUUUUUUAAAUCUGUAUUAGAAGAAAUCGAAGGCUUGCAAGACGAUAAUGGUGAACGUGCUUUGGUGACAGCUUUUGUCAAGCUUCCCUCGAAGAAAUUGUACCCGGACUACUACACGCUCAUCGACGAACCUAUCUCAUUGAAUGAAAUCAACAAGAAAGUGGCAAGAGGUACCUAUGAGAAUGCCCAAGACUUUGUGCUGGACUUCAAUCUCAUGUAUGAGAAUGCGCUGAAAUAUAACGACCCGGAGUCAUGGAUUGUGGCGGAUGCCAAGAAGCUAUUAGAGUACGUGACCUCGCGUGCCGAUCAAUUUGCAGAGUCUCUGAGCUCCAUUACAGUUGCUGAUUUGCCAAAGAUUGCUGACGAUAUCUUGGAAGAGGUCAUUGCCCAUGAAUUCCCAGAAGAUGGUGUACUCAGCGGACCAUUUAUGGAAGUUGUUGAUCCCGACGAGUACCCUGACUACUACAAAUUAAUCGAGCAGCCUACUUCUUUCCUGGAUGUCAAGAACCUGCUCACAAAUGGCUUGUUUGACGAGGAUAAGUCCCUCGAGGAUAACUUGCAGGCAUUCUACGACGCUACCGUACUCAUCUUCACUAACGCCCAAACUUUCAAUGACCCAUCUUCCUUGAUUUACGAGGAUGCACGCAAGUUGAGAGAGGUGUUUGAGGAGAAGUUCAACUCCUUGAAACAGGAAGCCAUUCCUCAGUCGAAGCUCAAAUUGAAGGUCAAGGCACCUAAGGAGCCAAUGAAGCUCAAGUUGAACUUGAAGUCCGAAACUCCCCAGCCGCAAAAGAAAAAGAGAGGCAGAAAAUCAAAGAAGGUGCUUCAGGAAGAGGAAGAGGCCCGCAGAGCAGCGGAUGGUGACAGUGGAAUCAAGCAGGAGGAUUCCGAUACCGAGGAGGGCGAGGAUGAGGAUGAAGAUGCCAAACACAAGCUUGAUGCUACAGAGUCCAAUGUCAUGGGCAAGACCCCAAUCACUCCUUCUAGUGACGAAGUGUUCAUCAGAGGUGCAACCUUCUCCUCCUCGCAUUCAGCCACACAGCAGAUUGCCACUUCCCUUGCUCAACAGGGACCAGCGCUUAUCACACCAGCUCAGAACUACAAAAGAGACAUGUUUCCCGAUGUGUCCGUGUUGAACGCUGCCACUUUGUUUCAAUACAAGUUUGGUCCUAUCGGUUACUCCACCAAAGCAUACACAAUCAACCUACCUGCUGAGGCAUCUUCUUUCAUUUCCCUCAAGGUCAGCUUACAUGAGUUCAUCUACAACUUGAAGAAGAAAGACCUCGUGGGUGGUCAAGGUAUUCUCAAAGGAAACGCUGAGGAGGACUUCCUGGUCGCUCUCUUCAUAAAUGACGACAAGGUAUCUGGCUGUGAAAUAUAUGAGGAAGAAGACCCACUUAAUGACGCCAAGUCUCUCUUGGGCCUUCAAUUCGAGUUGAAAUUGAGUUACGGUCUCAAUAUCAUAAACUUUGAAUUGCGCCUUUCACCCAACUUGGCCAAGAGUCUUCGUAAAGAUGAACCUGAGCCAGAAAAUGACCUAGGGUCUCGUCACACUAGACACCAACUACAGCAGAUAAAACUUAACUGGGAGGUGGAAAAGUUUCAGCUCAUGGUGAACUGCCACAACCCAUAA